AUGGAUCCAGACGAGGUCAAUCAAGCACUUGGGCACUACCUCAAUGACUCCGAAUCCGGAGAGCUGGUAGUUGAAGACAGCACCACUGUGCAGGUGACGAAUCCAGAGGCGCGUAAGACUGGAGACAAGAUUGAAGUGUAUUAUUCUCGCAAGACGACAGUCGUUUCACCAACCAAUUCAGACGAUGAAGAAGGAGAGUUCUGCUCUGACUCGGAACUUCUUCCAGCCCAAGGAGGACAUCGAUCUCGUGCCACUUCGUUUGCUGGCCGAGUUAGAGCUGGAAGUGAUGAUGAGAUGAACCCAAAGCAUACUGUUCUUCGAUAUCGCCGUAAAAAGGGUGGACAAUGGCGAGAAGUGAAUGCUCAAGGGACACCGGAUAAAAGGAAGGACGAUGAGGAUGAGUUGGAGGUUGAUGUGAAGGAAGACAGAUCAGAGCAGACUGGAAUCGUGACGAAGACGUAUGAAGCGCGUUGGAAGGUACUAAAAUACGAGCAUUUACCAGAAUGGCUCCAGGAUAACGAAUUUUUAAGACACGGCCAUCGUCCACCACUUCCAUCGUUCGCAGAGUGCUUCAAGAGUAUCUGGUCGCUUCACACGGAAACUGGAAACAUUUGGACCCAUCUCAUCGGUUGCGUGGCUUUCUUCUUGCUUGCCUGUUGGUUCCUUACCCGACCUGACAAUCAUAUUCAAUUCCAAGAGAAGGUUGUGUUCUCUUUCUUCUUCGCUGGUGCCGUUUCUGUCUCGGACUCUCGUUCGCCUUCCACACCCUCUCGUGUCAUUCGGUCAACGUCGUCAAGAUAUUCUGCAAACUCGACUAUAUGGGAAUCUCGUUGCUCAUUAUCGGCUCGUUUAUUCCAACCUAAAAUCACAUAUAUCGCAAUGGUUUGUGUGUUGGGAAUCGGUGCUAUAGUCGUCUCGUUGUGGGAUAAGUUCAGUGAAUCGAAGUAUCGUCCCGUGAGAGCUGCAGUCUUUGUUGGAAUGGGUUGUAGUGGUGUGAUCCCAACCAUCCACUACAUUAUAACCGAUGGUGUUCACUCUCUGUUUGCCGACAACUCGUUCCAUUGGCUACUUCUGAUGGCAUUCCUCUACCUUCUCGGUGCGGCUCUCUACGCCACGCGAACCCCAGAAAGAUUUUUCCCAGGAAAAUGUGACAUUUGGUUCCAAUCCCAUCAACUCUUUCACACUUGCGUUGUCAUCGCGGCAUUCGUUCAUUAUUACGGAAUCUCGGAGAUGGCGUUCGCCCGUCUCAACGAACAAUGCCCCGUCCGAUAG